AUGCACUACGUUCCCUUGGAAACACAGUGCGCGGAGUCAACCCUUACCUUAUACAGCAAGCUGUUAAGACCUGUAUACUCCGCAGAGUCUAUUAUGGUGCGGAAACCUGGUGGCCAGGGAAGCAAUCCUCCCAGUUCACCGCACGACCCUACCUCUGCACUCUACCGGGAGUCAGGGCUUCUGCCAGCAGAGAUUGAGCUAGACUAUAUAGCUGCUACCGCUACAGUCCGCGUCCGCCGCUUUGACCCCUACCACCCUCUCCGCAGGAGGGCAGAAAGAGCAACCCGAACUGGCCUUCAGACCAGCCGUUUUGCACGUCGCGUGUUAGCUCUCCCUGAAUCAGAACAACUGAACCUACUGCAAAACGCUCCCUGGAUCCUACAAGAGGCACGCGAAGCAGCUCAACAGCGAAUCAGAACCCCUACAGGCAUGUCUAAGGAGCAAGCAGCUGAUAGAUUUCAAAGAUUCUAUGUCUCUCUCCCACUGACCGAUAUAAAGGUCUUUACAGAUGUCUCAAAACUAGAGAACAGGAUGGCAGGAAGUGGAUAUGCCUUGUAUCAAUCUGGAACGCUGUUUCAGCAGUCCUCCUUCCCCCUGGGACCGAAUAAAGAGGUCUUUGAUGCUGAAGUUGAAGCAGCUCUAGCUGGGGUUAAAGCAGCCUUUAAACUAGGUACUGCUUGUUUUGCUACUGAUCUCUGGGUUUGUCUAGAUAACCUGGAGGUGGCUACGCGCCUUCUUUCACCUUUCACGGGCUCAUCCCAAGAAGUCUUCGAAUCCUUCCAAGCCCUAGCCCAGAACUGGCUGGCACGGGAGAGAUUCUCAUGUACCAAUGGUGGCUCUAUACGCACCGCUUCUAGCAAGGAUUCUAGUUGCUCGUACGGCCAUGGAGACUUUGCAGCCUAUCACGAACGGUUCAACCAUAAAGAUGCCUAUCUCCUCUGUCGCUCCGGUACAAGAAAGACUACAGUUCACUUCCUCUUCUGCUGCAUUGCAAAGAGGCGCCUGUCCCGAUCUGCAGAGUCCCCUUCUGACAUAAUCCCCUCCCUGCUAGGCACCCCAAAAGGUGCUACCGAGCUGGCUGCGUGGCUUUCAGAAACUCGUUUCUUCGAUGAUAUAUGCACUCGGCAUCCAUUACCUCAACCAGACUGA